AUCUUACGCCAGCAGCAAGUUCUCACUUACUGAUUUCGGGUUCUCUUAUAAACUUAACUCUCUUAAGAACAACCGUGAAAUGGCGAGAAAUUAUAAAUUAGUUAAAUCCACUCUAGAAUCCAAAUUGCUACGGAUAGAUUCAGUAAGAUAUAUCACUUGCGACCGCAAUGUUGCUGCGAGUUCUCGUCUUAUAUUGGAGUUUGCAAUCGGGAAAAGUGGCAGAAUCCACGGUGACGCCACUGCGAUACAAUCUGACGAUCCUCACGCACCUGGAAGGCGGUGCUCAGAACCGAUAUGAGGGAAUCGUAUCCAUAGAUUUGGAAGCGAAAAAGGCCAGUCGCUAUAUAUAUCUCAACUGCCGCUACCUAAACAUGUUUGUGGAAAAAACAUGGCUAUUGCGUUGGGCCAGCGGCAAGAGAAUCACCGCAACUGAUAUAAAGAAAAAUGCAAAAAAGCCCAACGAAGUCACAGUAGUUAUCAACCUUCCUCUCAGACUUGGCGAGACCUACACGAUGCACAUAUUCUAUACGGGCAAUCUGAAUAGACCUCAGAAAUACGGAUACUUUGCCGGCCAUUACGACCAAACGCCGCAAAUUUUUUACGCCCUAACCCGCUUGGAGCCGGACUACGCGCACACCGCGUUCCCUUGCUUCGAUAGCCCACUCCACCGGACUCCCUUCAACGUGACCAUGGUGCAUCAUCAGAAAUUCGUUGCCCUCAGCAAUAUGCCCGCCAUAAGGGAGACACCACACGAUGAGAUUAGAGACUAUGUGUGGACGACAUUUAUGACUUCUCCGCCGCUGGCUACCCGUCAGAUCAUGUGGGCUCUGCACCGCCUGGAGAAAGUUUCCCAUAGCGUUACAGCUACUGGAGAGAAGGUCACCACUUGGGCGCGUUGGCAAGUGAAGGAAAAGUUUGCAAAGGCGGCAGAAUUAACACCGAACCUGCUCAAAAACUAUGAGACCUUGUUCGGACUUCCAUUGCCGAAUGGGCCAGACUGGGGUGGAAAGUUCGAUCAAGUGGUGCUGCCGGGUUAUACGGAACUGUACAGCGGCAAGGGUCUGAUGGUUUACGGCGAGGAAGAGGUUGGCUCCAGCCAGAACCCGCUCAAAAGUCUUGAGGUAACGCUGGCGGAGCUGGUGGCGCGCCAGUGGAACGGACUACUGGUGAGCGCCUCCGACUGGGAUGCAUCGUAUGUGCGCGACGGCUUCAACAACUAUUUAGCCUUCCAAGUAUUGGCCAGGGACAACAAGGGGGAGUACAGCAGGACCUUCCUUCUCACAACUCGUCUAGAUGUCUUGAAUUAUGAUUCCCAGACUGAAACAAAGGCCAUCGCAGUCGAUGUGAGAGAGACCCGUCACAACAAAUUUCGCAAACACAAGAUGUGCCUGCUCGCCCACAUGGUAAAAUUGGCCAUCGGCGAUAAGGCGUUCUUUGAGGGAUUGCAUGAGUUCUUCCAGCGGUACUCCAGUUCCUCCGCUUCCACCAAUCAGCUUUGGAAGCAGUUGCAACGAGCGGCCCGGCGCAGUCACCAGCUGCCCAUCGGUGUGGUCCUGACCACUAUGAUGGAGUCAUGGCUGAAGCAACCAGGAUACCCACUACUUACCGUCCUUCGCAACAACAGGGAUAACAAGGUGACCAUCACACAGAGCCGCUACUAUCGGAAGAAAAUGAACAUCGUAUCAAAGGACUGCUGGUGGGUGCCAGUCGUCUACAUCACCAAGAACAUUUCGCUUCCCCAGGUUGAGUGGCUGGGCUGUGUGAACAAGGAAGCGGAGGUAAUAACGUUAAGCAACGUCGUUGAUCCGAAUGAGUGGUUGCUGUUGAAUGUCGAUGCUGCAGUCCCUGUUCGUGUCCUCUACGAUCUCUACAACUGGAGGCUGAUCAGUGAGGCUCUGCUCCAGGAUUUCUCCCAGAUCUCGGAGCUCAGCCGUGCCCAGUUGGUGGAUGAUGCCUUGAACCUAGCCUGGUCGGGUCAACUGCCCUAUAAGGUCGUCCUCAGCUUGAUCAAGUAUCUUUCGAAUGAAACCAGCAUUGCUGUUUGGCAAACGGCAGUUACUAAUCUGGAGAAGUUGCAGAGCAUCAUGAGAAUGAGCACUGGCUAUCGCAUCUUUAAGCUGUUCAUGCGGAUUCUCAUUGAGCCAUCUUUUAAAGCAAACUUCAAACCCUCUUCCGGGAAAGCCAGGACCGAUGCAGCAUCAAAAACCACGACAAGUCCAGAUAAACAAUCGAAAGCCUCGACAGGUCCUGACACACCGUCGCUGUCGGGGAUCAUGUACCGGCUGGCGUGUCAGUACGAAGUCAAAGAAUGCUUGACCGAUGCACAGCAGCAAUUUCAAAAGGCGAUGGACCAGAAUUCCACUUCCUCCAUUCCGGAGGAACUGCGGGAGACCGUGCUGUGCAGGGGCAUCCGCACCGGGUUGGAGUACCACUGGCUUAUGGUGCGAGAUAUGUUCUUUGAAGCCGUGAAAGAGAAGGAAAAGGGCAUUCUUCUAAAUUCCCUCAGCUGUACUACGGAGUAUUGGGCGAUGCAAAAGCUGCUCGGUUGGGCCUUCGACUUCGACAAGGUUCCUAAAACGCUGACAGUUGGCCUCCUGACCGCCGUGAUGCGCACCUCACUGGGUUUUUAUGUGGGCAAUCAGUUUCUGGUAGAUAAGAUGGAUGAAUUCGUGCGCCGCUUCACCAGCAACGAACUGAAGUCGGUUCUGAGUCCGUUUAUCAAUGCAGUGACCACCAAAGACGAGCUUGAUGAGCUGCAAUUUCUUAUUAAAAGGAAGCUGAAGUCCUUGACGAGCUCCAGUCUAACUGCCAUGCUAGAGCCCGCGUCGGACAGGUUGCACUGGCGGAAGUAUAACUAUUUUGACCUCCUUAACGCCAUCAAGAAUAUUACUGUAGACAAGGAUUCACAAAUCAGUUCUUUAUGGAAUUCGGUCUAGAAUAGCAUUUAAGUUAAGUAUUUGAUUUUUUGGGUACCGUCUUUUAGAUUGUCGCCCAUUUAGAAGUACACAGUACAUAACAUGGAAAAGCCCAAACAUCAUUUUUAUUUUUGUACAAUUCGAAUUGAAACCACUUUAACCACUAUAUCUGUAUAAAAUGUUCUUGUCUUUUAUCUGCAAACA